CAGCAACAGCAGCAGCGGCGCGCAGCGUUCGCAGUAAAACAAACGUUGAAAACGUACAACGUUGGCCGUGCGAUUUGACUGCUGUCUCGAAAAUAUUCAGUCGAAAAGUUACUCUUUUAGUGUGCGGCCGCUCCGUAAGUAAAUCGUAAGCAACUACGCAAUCACACAACGCGUCACAAAGUGUUAUAUUGAACGGUACUACGGUUCUUCUGUUAAAAUAUGUUGUAGUGCUAAGUGAUUUUGUGAUUUCGAUCUAAGAAUCAGCUGUUUCUUGUGUGUGUCAAAUCAAUUUUGCAAUCAAUUUCUAUCUAUCUCAACAAAAAAUUUGCCAAUAACAACAGCAACAACAACAACAAGCGCCGAGGUAGUAAUGAAAAGUCGAUGUCGAUUGAUACGUGUGCCAAGUAACAACAACAAUGGCGUUUGUGUGUAGUGCGCGUAUGCGUGUACGCGAAGUGCUGUGGUGAAGAGCGCGCAAAAAUAUACUACAUGCUGCCAGUGGUGGUGAGAGAGCGCGCGAUUACUUCAAUUCGUUUAACUAGUAGUCGCCUAUUGAAUGCGACGUUCGUUGUGUAUAUUUUGGCGAGCGCCUUGUAUUUCGUGCUUGUGCUUAAGUGGAAAAAGCAACAAAAUUGAAAUUUGUUAUUAAAAGUUAUUUGCAAGGCAGUGUGAAAUCAAAGUUGAGAAUUGCUUUACAAUAGAAUAUAACCAAAGUGGCACGUACAUAUGUGCAGUGAAAAUGAAAAUAAUUGCGCUGAUGAAAGUAAAUAAGCAUUAAGCACAGCGCACACAAUUUAUUUGCGGUCAAACGCCCAGCAACGCCAGCGAAUAUUCGCAAAAUUCGUCGACGAAACGUGUGCUUCUUCGCGACAGCUGUGGCAGCAGCAGCGCCAGCGACUGCGCUGUUGUGCGUUUGUGUUUGAGUGUGUGUGUGUGUGUAUGGCAUACAGGUGCAAGUGUACGCGCGUAUUUAGCAGUUAUCACACACACAUCUGCAUAUAUCCGAUAUAUAUGCAUAUAUAUCACCAGCUAUUUGGCUGUGUGCGCAUAGAAGUUGCCAACGCAAAGUGGCAAAUCGGGCAAAAAUAAGCAGCCAGCAAAACAACGGCAACCAGUCAGCCAACUCACGGCUGUAACCAACCAACCAACCAGCCAACCAACUCGUAUACUCCGUAUCAAAAUCGUAUUGCCCAAUUUGUAUAUUGCUUCAUCGGCGCGUCAUACAUAUGCACAUACAUCUGUACAUGUGAAGUAUAGAAGUUGAAAUCGAGUUGAAAACCUAUUGCUUGGCGUGUUCGCAUUUUGAAAGUAUCUCAUAGAUACCGCACAUUUGUUUGUUUGUUUUAUUGGUCUUCGCUUGCUUUUUUUGCGCCUUUUGCGCAACCUCAAGUCAAGUCGUCAAUGUUUUGAAUUUGCUGUUGUUGUGUUGUGUUGUCGGUUUUAUCGACAAAACGGCCGAGAAGUUACAGUGGCAAUACAACACGAAAUUCGUGUAAAGUGAGUGAGCGGCAUGUGAAAUAUAGAAAGUGAGGUGAAUGAGACCCACAAGAAACAAGUCGCUGUGAAAAAUAGUGUGUUUGUGUUCGAAAGAAAGUGCCAAACAAAACAAAAGCAUAAAUAAAAGUCAAUUGAAAAACGUGUAAAAAAAUUGUGGUGAAAAUCAUUGCAUCAAGUGCAGAGAGAAAGCGCUGUUUGCAACACCCAAGAAGUGGCGUGCAAAGCAGAUAACGUGUAAUACAACAAAAUACAAAAAACUGCAACAACAACAAAUGUGUAUUGCAAAGUCAAAUCGUUAGCAGCAAGUAAUGUGGCAGCAAAUUGCCGUUGCAGCUGUGUAAUCUUGUGUGUAAAGUAAUGCAAAAUUUGCCGUAAAAUAAAAUAUCUAAUAAAAUUUGAAGGCCAAUAAAAAGUUCGUGGUGUAAAAAAAGAUAAAAUAUGCAAAUAAUCAAAACAAACAACACAAUUAUAUCGCGAUAAUAACAAACAAAUAUUUAAUAACAAAAAAUAAAAACAGUGAAAUUAAGCCAAAAUUUUUAUGAAAAAAUUAAAUUACUAAAAAAUUUAGUAAAAAAAUUAGUAAAAAAAUUAUAAGAAUAAAUUAUUUGCAACUGAAAGAUUUUAAAAUUAACAAAAAAUUAAUAACAAAAGUAUUGAUUAUUAUUAAAAAUAUUAAUAUAUAAAGUUUUAAAGUGAGAACUAAAUACAAAUAAAUUUCGAAAUAUACACCAAAAGAGUAAAACUAUUGUGUUGUUUAAAAAUAAUAAUAAAAAUCAAUGAAAAUAGUUGUACUUGAAUAAAAAAGUUUCAAGAAAAAUGUGUAUUUAUCAAAAAUAAAAUAUUUAAUUCAAUAUAAAACGAAGUGAAUUGAAAAAAUUGCAAAUACGAAUAAUAAAUGGACAGCAUUAAAGAGUAAACAACGUUGGAUUAACAUUCUUAUUUUUAAAGAAUUACGGAAAAUUCGAUUAUCACGAUUUGCGGUUUAACAACAAAGCAAAAUGGCUGUCAUUAUGAAGAUGUCUACUUGGGAUUGUGCUGGUCACAGCGUUAAUACCACGCCAGUGUCAUGCCACAUAUAUGCACGUGCAAUUUACAACAAGACCGUGAGCGUCAUUAAUUACAAUUUCAAAGAUGAGGCCGCCAGCCAUGCAAACAGCCGCGUUGCAGCCGAAUAAUGAGUUGCACAACGACACACAGCGACAGCGAUUACUACAACAACAGAGCGUAACACAGCUACAACAGCUACCGCUACACUUGCGACAACAUCAGCCACAACAGCUUCAGCUACAAUUGCAAUUCCAACAACAACAACCGCAAACCACUCCACUGACACUACUCAACCCGACGAGUUACGAACCAACAGCGGCAGCGACUACAGCGCAACGCAACAAAUACUACUUUGAGCAACACGAGUUCACAGUUGAUAAACCGCUAAAUUUCGUUGCAACCACAACAACAACAACAGGGUCAGCGAAAGAGGCAGUGAAUCUGAAUGCACGCCGCAGCUCAGCAACAUUUGCAGCCGCGUCCAUUAGACUACCCGUAGUCGUCGAUGAGACGUCCAGACAGGAGCAAUUACUGCAACGCCAACACGUACAGCCACAAGCGCAAGUGCCGCCGCAACCGCAGCGCGCCAGUCUUGAUUGCAUACAAUUGCUGGACUUGAGCACUUCUCCGCCACAUGAGCCAAUCUAUCCGUUGCAAGGUAGUGUGUCCACCUAUUUGCCACAGCGGUCUUUAGCGGAUGUGCCACCACCGCCAUAUCGACGCGCAUCCACAGCUAGUGCGGCACCAGUGCCAACGCAUCGCACCUCCUACGCUAGCCAGUAUUCGCGCUCCUCGUCGAGUGAGGACGGUUCGAUAGGCGGCGUUAGCGCAGCCCCCUACUCGAACGCAUACACGCGCGCCAACAGCGCAUUCGAUGACGCGGCUGAGCAUUUCAUAAUCAACUUUCCAGCGGCAGAUUCACCUUCGCACAAUCAAAACGAUUGUGUUAUAAAUUUGCCGCUCUCCGAGACCGAGCCGCUGCUAACGAACAUCGAAGCCACCGUUGCGGAUAAGCAGCGCUCCAUACGUUUGCCGAAGAGUAGUGCCUCAUUGAUAUUCACGAAGAAGGAUCUGUUGCCGCAACGUACAGCGUCUGUGGCGCCCUAUCAGGCGGCAAACGCGAAUAAUAAUUGCGCAACUCAACAAAAACAACAGCAAUCGAAGCAGCCGAAACGUAAUCAACCGAAGCAACAAAAACAACAGCAGCAGCAACAACAACACCUGCAUCAUAGUCUGAGUUUGCGCUCCGCUAACGAGUACGCCACGCGCAAACCCGUCAAGCAUCUACCGGCUUCAUAUCAGCAGCAACCGCAACAACAACAGCAGCGUCGUAGUUUACAAUUAAAUUACAACAACAAUCUGGUAACUACAUCCACGUGUUGUAGCGCGAACAACAACUACUGUAGCAGCGGAACGGGCAAGGGUGUCAGAGGCCCGAACGCCAGCAGCGGCGUUGGUGGCAGCCAGAGUGUUGGUCCUGUUCUGCAUAAACAUCACCAGCCGAGCGCUGGUUUGAACAUCUCAGUGCCAACAACAGAAGCACAGCAACAACAUCAACAGCAGCAGCAAUCCGGUCAAAUUAACACAAACACGGCUGCGACAACGCGCAAGCAACACGCGUACUCUUGGUACGCCCCCGUCUACACUGCACUCGAGGAGGAACUGGAACAAGAUUCUAGGGAUUCUUCGCCAAUCCACAACCUGGCCAACACAAAGAAGCAACACCUCAACCACUAUCAACACCAGCGGUCCUCACACAACUCCUCGACGGCGGCCGACAAUGAGACUGUUGCGUUGCUAGAGACGCGCAACCAAGUCAACAUACAGGCGCAGCUGCAUGCGCAGGCCAACAGCCACGCCCACACGGGCAAAGACGGCAUCGGCAUUAGUGCUGUGGGUGGCGGCAACGGCGUUGGAAGUGGCAGCGGUAUCGGUAUUGCGCGCACGACGAAAUACGAAACGAAGCACGCAGCGCAGGUGCGACGUACAAAUGGUGGCGGUCCACAAGCGCCUACAACGCUACCGCUGUCGAAUGCACACAAUGCCGCUAUGCAGAGUGAGAUGUCUGGUGGCGGCGAAAGCGCAGAACAAACAACAGCAGCGCCGGUGAAUGGCUACGAUGGCGAGGUUGGGCUGACGAACUCAUUGAGUGGCACAUUGCCACCACGCAGGCGCAUCGAGAACUUCUUAAAAUCACUGGUGGGACGCAAGUCGUCGAACGCGCGCAGUAAUAGCGGCAACUCGAUUAACGGUGUUAAUGUGGAUGUUGUGAAUUGUCGCGCAGAAAAUAUUGUGUCGCAACAGCCUAUGCCCUCAUCGCCGGAGAUAACGAUUACGCGAACACCGUCGGAUCAGAAUAUGGUGCUGUUGCGCGACACAUCCCAGCGCGGGCGUCAAUACAAGCAACAGUUGGUGGCGGCGCAGGAGCAGCGCAAAAGUGGUGAUUGCGGUGGCGAUAAGUUGACCGUGAACGGUGCAAUGCAGGGCAGCACAUCGUCGCUGAAUGUGGUGCAGCAGAAGCUGUGGAAUAUCAUGCGGCGUGAGGGCAGCGCGGCUAGUUUGUACAACGAGAAGUCGCACUCGAUAGUGCAGUAUCGCGGCCUGCGCAAGUGUGAGACUGUGUUGGCGCUGACGCGGCAAACCAACUCCUUGUGCUCGCCCAUCUUUGGUGGCAGUGCGGCAGCGCAUGUAGGCGCUGGUGGCAGAAAUAACGGCGGUGGUUGUAACAACGGUAGUGGUGGUGGUGUGGCGCGGCACAAUAGUUGUAGCGCCGGCGGUGGUGGUGGUGCAUGCGGCGGCGGCAGCGGUAUGCGGCGCACACACACCACUGGUAGCGGGAUCUUCAGCGCAAGCGGCGUGGAACAAAUACGCCCAUUAAAUAGGCUGCGAAACAGCGUGACGAGCAUUAAUGCCGGUGCGACAUGCUCGCGCUGUUCGAGCUUGCUAUCGCUGGCUGCUUCCGGUUCACGCUACUCACUCAAUGUAGCGCCGAAUGCAGGUGUAGCCGGCGGCGCGUUCGUACCGCAUACUACCACACAAAUGCCCGCAUCCGCUUCACAACAACAGCUGCAAGCGCUGGCAGCGACGCUUGAUUACAAGCCACCACCACACUCAUCGCAACAACAUCAACAACAGCGCGAACGCAAAAUUAGCAACGUAAGCAGUAGUCAGUUAAAUAAUAGUAGUAGUAAUUAUAUUGUAUUAAGUAGUAAUCGCAAUGCUGAUACCACUGUCGUCGAGCACAAUGCCGGUGGCAGCGGUGCCGGCAACAGCAGUGGUAAUUGUUCCCGUAAAAGCUCGGCUGAUGCGCCAAGUACGCAGAGCGCGAGCAGCAUCACACCGCCGUCCAAUAUGACCACGGCUACGCUCACUUCAAGCAUCACAUCGCCGCAUGCCGGCAGCACACCCACAACACCCGUAGCCACCGCUGCCACAACAACAGCUCUCGCUACAGUUGCAGCAAGCGUAAUCGCAGCAGAUACACUAGUAAUCACACCCACCGCCAACGCCCCGCAAGCAACGUUCACCAUGUCUUCGUACACGGCCAACACUAGCAACAGCAACAGCAACACCUCAGGCAUACUCGUCGAUCUGCCGUCAUCACCGACCUCACCCACAUCGGCCGCUUCGUCGGUCGGCACACCAUGCACCUCCGCUUCCUGCUCAUCGGCCACUACGCCCGCACCCACCUACGCAUUGCCGCCAACAUCGCAAACAUAUCCCUUCACCAUCACCUCUCUGCUGGCGAUGUCAAAGACAACAAUGGCACGCGAUGCUGGUGGUGGCCGCCGUUACAGUGGCGGUGCGGAUGACGAUGAUGCUGCUAUGACGAUAAAUAUAUCGCCUGCGUGCAAAGCUAACACGGACAUUGUCGACCCCAGGCACUAUACAGCUCCGGUAGCAGCAGCACAGCCGCUGAAACGUUUCGAACCCUUCACAUGCAAGUUGUGUUUGGUGGAUGUGGAAACGCAGGAGGAGGCCACCACGCUGCAGCAAUGCGGUUGUGAAUUCUGCACUGAGGUAAGUUCUUCAAGAAAUCAGCUCUGCAAUUGAAAUAAGUCUUAAAUUUUAAAUAAAUUUGUGGGUAAGUAUUUUAAUUUUGAUUUAACUAGAAUUAUUUUGAAUUCAGAGAAUCUAAGAGCCACUAAUCGAGGAAAGUUGAUAUUUUUCGAGUGCUGUCUUUUAAUAGUUUAUUUGAAAUAUUGACUCUAUGAUUUGUUACUCUGAAUCCAAAUUAGUUUAGCAUAGUUCUCGGCUGUUUUCCUUUUUUUAUUUUAGCUUUUCAUAACUCUUUAUAAAUCCAACUUCCACAUAUAUUUUCCCACGAUGGUACUCAAUGCCUCAUUACUAUUUUUAUAACAAUUUCGAUUUAAUUUAUUUACUAUGGAAAUCAAUAAGAGUUUAAAGAAAUAAAAAUACAAAUUUGUAAAUUAUGAAAAUAAAAUAAAAUAAUUGCAAUUGGAUUGCUGACAGAUUUAUUUUUAUAGAAAAUACAUUUCUCUAAUACAUUUAUUACAAUAUUAGUUCUCAAUUUCACAAUACGUUUUCUAAAUACUUAUUCACUUAAGAACUUGACAUACAAUUUUUAAAGAUUAUAUUUUUUUACAAUAUUUUUAAAUUACAGAAUUUAUAAAAUCACAUCGACAUAUUUUUUUUUUAAUUUUCGCAACUAUAUAUCUAUAUACACCUAUUCAUUUAAGAAGUUACAUAAUAUUUAAUAUAUUAUUUUACAAAUAAAAAAUUGAAUAACAUAUGCUGUAAAAGAUGGUCAGUCACUAUGAAUGUUUUUAAAUUAAGAAAUUAUUAUUGCCGUAGACUCGAAACAUUAAGAAGCCAAAUGCGUAAAGCCGACCCUUGGCGCUAAAUUUACAUUACUUAAUAAAUUAUAUUAUUAAUUGCGCCUAUUCCAUCUGCGUCUCGAGGCCCUUGCCAUGUCGGCACACUUCGUUGUUAUAGACAUUCUAAUUUCUUUAACGGAGCAAUUAAAUAUUGCUCGUACGUAACAGAUGAUAUCCUCCACCUUCUUUGGAUUCAAUUGUCGCUUCACUGGUCGUCCGAGAUGAAGAAAAGCGGGAGACGGUUUGCCGCUUAGAGUGUGUGUUUCGAGGGUUUGUCUGUCAAAAAUUAUUUCGAGCAAACUCCUGGUGACGCUUGAAACGGUAGACCAACGAAUCUUCUUAAAAUCAUCGGCCAAAAUGGUUGUGCCACGCGGGCCAAUGUGCAUGACUUGUGGUUCACCUGUCUCCUCAUAAUUGUUUGUAUGUAUGUUCGCUAAUGACUCUUCUGGCAUAUAUUCCUGUUCUUCUGUGCUUUCUGUUUCUACGAUUUCGAGUUUUAUUUCCGGUACUAGAAGUUCCUGAUCCAACGACUUUUGUAUAGUUUCUACGUUUUCGAGUUUUAUGUUCGGAACUACGAAUUCCUGCCUAAUCGGCAUUUGUACCGAUUCGGAAUACACACUUGAUUCACGUUGCAUACUUGUAUUAUUGAUAUUCAUUUCGUAUUCCUCUUGUGGUUCCAUUUUUAUUCUUGUCACCAUCGGCAGAUCCCGGUCAUUAGCAUUUAAACUCAUUGCUGGGUGUUGUUGGUCCAGAAAGCAUUGCGGCGCUGUAAAUUCGGUUUCUGGGUUAUUGCUUAAAUCAUUGCAAAUCCACAUAUUAGACAUAUUUCUUUUCUUCCUUUUUUUGUACAGUUCACGUGCUUCUCAGUCUUUAGUUUAAAUGCGUUUGAUAAUAUUUCUCAAAGUAACACAUUUUAUACUCUUCCAUGGAAAUCUUAAAAAAUAACGACUUAAUUCUUUUAUUAAGGUAUGGCAGAAAAUUACUGUUCGAUACUAUUGUUGUGAACUAAAGUCCUUAAUAGACACAUCAAAAUGUUUUUUUUUUCGUUUACUAGUUUGUUUAAGAUCACACCGUUUUUGAAAAUUAAUUGACUAUGAAGCUUUCAUUUAAGCACGAAAGCUCAUGUUUGAUGAAAGCUUUGAAAGCUGUAAGCUGUAAAUGCAGCAAAUGAAUUCCUUGUAAAGCUUUGAUGUUUGGUGUUAUUAGAGGUAUUCAAGAUUUGCCUUGAGUUAUAGAUUUAUUUAAUUAUACUUUCAUCCAAAAAAAAAUCAUUUAGAACCUUAACACUUUGCUUUGCAAGAAAUUUGAAAGAAAUUAAUAAUGAUUAUUUGAUGUAGUGAACAAAUUUAUGACGACUUUUUUUCUUCAAGUUUUUUUUAUGAAUCAUUUGGAAAAUACAAUUUUUGGGGCAUACUUUUAGGAUGCUAUUUUUAACUUAAAUAUAAAAUUAAAAUUUUUUUAAAAUCUCAUCCCUCUGCGUAUUCUAAUAAUUUUAGCAGUAUUUAUCAAGGCUCAGGUGUUUAGAGAAAUAAAAAUAAAAAAUCUACAAAUUAUACAAAAAUAAUAAAAAAAAUAUAAAAUAAAUAAAAAAUAAUAUUUAUAGUUUACGUUGCGGAUUGAUUUAUUUUUUCUUGGAACAUAAUUUGUGACAGUGUUUCCAUCAAUUUACAUUUUCUAAAUAGUGAUUAAUGUUAAAUACAAUUUUAUAUUCCAUAACAUUUUAAUACAAUUACAAAUAUAUUUACGGAGUUUCUACUUGAUUUAUUUUUUUAUACAUUUUUGGUAAUACAUAGUACAGUAUUUUUAACUUACAAAACUUUUUAAUUCACAUUCAAGUAUUUUCAACUAAAGGGUGAUUUUUUAAGAGCUUGAUAACUUUUUAAAAAAAAAAAACGCAUAAAAUUUGCAAAAUCUCAUCGGUUCUUUAUUUGAAACGUUAGAUUGGUUCAUGACAUUUACUUUUUGAAGAUAAUUUCAUUUAAAUGUUGACCGCGGCUGCGUCUUAGGUGGUCCAUUCGGAAAGUCCAAUUUUGGGCAACUUUUUCGAGCAUUUCGGCCGGAAUAGCCCGAAUUUCUUCGGAAAUGUUGUCUUCCAAAGCUGGAAUAGUUGCUGGCUUAUUUCUGUAGACUUUAGACUUGACGUAGCCCCACAAAAAAUAGUCUAAAGGCGUUAAAUCGCAUGAUCUUGGUGGCCAACUUACGGGUCCAUUUCUUGAGAUGAAUUGUUCUCCGAAGUUUUCCCUCAAAAUGGCCAUAGAAUCGCGAGCUGUGUGGCAUGUAGCGCCAUCUUGUUGAAACCACAUGUCAACCAAGUUCAGUUCUUCCAUUUUUGGCAACAAAAAGUUUGUUAGCAUCGAACGAUAGCGAUCGCCAUUCACCGUAACGUUGCGUCCAACAGCAUCUUUGAAAAAAUACGGUCCAAUGAUUCCACCAGCGUACAAACCACACCAAACAGUGCAUUUUUCGGGAUGCAUGGGCAGUUCUUGAACGGCUUCUGGUUGCUCUUCACCCCAAAUGCGGCAAUUUUGCUUAUUUACGUAGCCAUUCAACCAGAAAUGAGCCUCAUCGCUGAACAAAAUUUGUCGAUAAACACAUUUCGAACCGAACACUGAUUUUGGUAAUAAAAUUCAAUGAUUUGCAAGCGUUGCUCGUUAGUAAGUCUAUUCAUGAUGAAAUGUCAAAGCAUACUGAGCAUCUUUCUCUUUGACACCAUGUCUGAAAUCCCACGUGAUCUGUCAAAUACUAAUGCAUGAAAAUCCUAACCUCAAAAAAAUCACCCGUUAGAUAUUGUGACAGUGUUUCAACCACUUUACAUCUAUAUAAACAUAUUCAGUUACAUAGACUUAAUUAGUUUGCAUUUAAAAAUAUCGUGCCACUUAGGUACAACAUUUCCAAUAAUAAAUAUAUAAUUUUACAUUACUUAAUCUAUCCAUACACAUAUGUGACUCAAUCCCUUCUGCGUCUUGCGAGGUCGGCGCACUUCGUUGUUAUAGACAUUCUAAUUUCUUUAACGGAGCAAUUAAAUACUGCUCGUACGUAACAGAUGAUGUCCUCCACCUUCUUUGGAUUCAAUUGCCGCUUCACUGGGCGUCCGAGAUGGAGAAAAGCCGGAGAUGCUUUGCCGCUUAGAGUAUGUGUAGCAAGCGUUUGUCUGCCAAAAACUACUUCGAGCAAAGUCCUCGUAGCGAUAGAAACGUUAGUCCAACGAAUCUUUCUAAAAUCAUUGACCAAAAUUUUUGUGCCAUUUGGUCCAAUUUUUACGACUUGUGAUUCAUCCAUCUCCUCAUACGUGAUUGUAGGUAUGUUCUCUAAUGGUUCCUGCUCUGCAAAUAUCGGCUUAAUUUGUAUCGACUCGGAAUCGGUGGAGGAAUAUGCACUUGAUUCCAGCUGCAUACUUGAGUUAUUGCUAUUCAUGUUCCUAUCCUGUUCUUCUUGCUGUUCCAUUAUUAUGGUUGUCGCCAUCGACAGAUCCAAAGCCUUAUUAUUGAUACUUAAAUCCAUUGCUCCAUGUUGAUGUCCCAGAAAACGGUGUACCGUUGUAAAUUCGGUUUCUGGAUUGUGGAAUAAAUCGUUAUGUACGUUAUCGUUAUUUGACAUAUUUUUUUAGUUUUUUGAACUGUUCACGUGUUCUGUCUUUAGCUUAAACGCGUUUGAUAACAUGACGCAAAGUCACAUAGAUUUUAUACUCUUUCGCGGGGAGUGAGCGACAACAGCAGGUAGCUCUAAGUACUAACUGUCGUUAAUCUUUAAACUUUAAGAAUAACGACUUAAUCCUUUUAGUUUAGGUAAGGUAAAAAAACUAUUGUCCUUUAUAGCUUUAAUUAGUGCUGAACAAUAACAGGUAGGCGUGAAAUAGGCACUCCAAAACUGUUUUCUUACUACUCAUAUUCUUUAUGAACGAGAGGAAGAAAUGGAAAUAAAUAUCGCACCGUCUUUGAAAUAGAAUUGCCUAUGAAGCUUUCAUUAAAGAACGAAAGCUCAUUUUGGUGAAACUUCUCUAUAGCUUUCAAAGUUUUGGAAAUUGGCGAGAAUUUUAAGAGUUUUAUUCUUAUUCCUCAUAAUAAAUCUGGCAUUUAUGACAAAAUAAAGGUAUUUAAUUCUAUUUUAAUCCAAAAUCUUUUGGUUCCUUGUUUAUUCCCUGAUUACCUGUUUUACAAACCUAUGAAAAUAUUUAUUUGUAACAGAUUCUAUAAGAUUUAGAGUAAAGACAAGCCUUUUAAGUCAAGGAUGUCAGAAAACCUUUCGUAUCUGAAAUUAUUUUGUUAUUAUAGAUAUUUCAAAUCACUUCCACCAAAUCACUUGAAAUCCAUGCUAAAGAGACUUUGAUUUUUAUAAAUUCUGACUAUGGGUUAAGUCGAGGGCUGAGUAGGGUGCAGUCCGCUUUGCAACUGAAGUAUUUUUAAUUCUGUCACUCAGUAGCUUAGAUGAAACACUCAACUUAAAGGAAUGAAUACGCCGGAAGUUGAUUUUCAGCUGACGAUCUUUUCCUCUAUCAAUUUUAAAGGAUUGAUCGUCAUCCAUAAUGAUCUGCAUUCUUAGCUUAACUAUACAAAAUCCAUAAAGGUUGAAGCAAACACUUUAAAAUACAUUCCUGAAUAGCUAAAACUCAUUGUUCAAGAGUGAUCGCUUCAUAGAACAUAUUUGCAACAAUAAGGUAAUUUUCAUAUC